AUGCCCGAUCUUUCCACAUGGGCUCUCUCCCGGCUCAGCCAGCUUCUCCCGCUGGACGAGGAAUCGCUCAAGCAGAUCAUUGACUAUUCCGCCUCACUCCCCAAAGACGCCUGCGCGGAGCACCUGAAAAACCUUCUGGGGGAUUCUCCAGCAGCUCUAGACUUUAUCACCUCCUUCAAUGUACGACGCAAUGAUGUACCACCUUCAGUAUCCUCCGCUCCCAGCUCCUCGUCUCGCUCCGGAGCGCCCCAGACGCACGAGCGAUCGAAGGGGAGAUCCAAGAAGGAGAAGAAGCCGCUCCAUAGUGCAGGUCCCCCGCGCCGCCCCGAGAACUACGGCGACAUCGGGGGAGGCUAUAUGAAGUCGCAGCAGGAUGAGGAAUACAUGUCUGCAAGCAAGCGCUCCACGCAGGGGCUGGCCAUCCCUCCCUCCGGCUCGUCCGCGUCAUCUCGUGCGCCGUCUCCCGCAAACGCCCAUGUCGCCGCCAAACCACCCCCGUCGGCCUCGGGGCCGGUGCUGUCUGAUCUACUGCCCAAUGUACGAUCCAAGACUGGGAAGUCGGCGCGACACGCUGGUGGAAGUGCUGGCAAUACCGGAAGUGGCUCCAAGGGAGGCGCCACACUCACCACGAAUAAUAUCUCUGAUCUGACAUCUGCCAUUGCGAUGCUGGAGUUGUCAACGAAUCCGACUAUGGGGACCGAGAAACGCAAAUGCACCUGUAACGCGACGAUCCAUCCCUUAUUCGAUCCUGCCCCAAACUGCAUCAACUGCGGCAAGAUCAUAUGCUCCCUGGAAGGGCUGCAGCCCUGCUCCUUCUGCGGAACGCCCUUACUCUCCCCCGGGGAGAUUCAGAGCAUGAUCAAGGAGCUUCGCGCGGAGCGUGGACAAGAGAAGAUGCGCGCCCACAACGACAGCGUCCAUCAUGAUGGAGGACCACGACCCACGGGUUCCGGGCCCGGGUCCGCUGCCUCCAGCAAGCUCGAUGCCGCCCGCGCUCACAGGGACAAACUUUUGCAGUUCCAGGCCCAGAAUGCUCGCCGCACCAAGGUGGUCGAUGAGGCGGCCGACUUUGAGACUCCCAAUGUGGCGUCCACUCUGUGGAUGAGCCCAGCACAACGAGCGCUGGCGCUCAAGAAGCAGCAGCGGAUUCAAAGGGAGAUCGAAGACAAGGCUCGACCGGAAUGGGAGAAGAAACAAACCAUCAUGAGCCUCGACAUCAAGGGGGGCAAGGUGCGUCGAGUUUACCAGUCUGCCCCGGUGGAGUCUCCUUCCCAUGUCAGCGAGCCUGAGCCGGAGGACGAGGCUGAGGCCGAGGCCGAGCAACAAACUCGCUCAAAGGGGCAUGCCUUUAGCCACAACCCGCUGCUCGCCGCUGGAGGACUGAUGCGUCCGGUCUGGCGCGCUCCAGAGGGAAAGGGACCCGAGUCCGGUGAGCGGGCGGAGCGGAAACAGACGUGGCGCCGCGUGCAAGACGACAAUGAUGAUAAUGAGCAGUGGAUUCUCGACGGUGGGCUCCACGGCCACGAUGAGUCUGUCUGA